GGAAGUCCACCAUUUCCACUCCGGCGAGCUUCACACUGGUUCCGCGUGUUGACACUGAAGAAGAAGAUCCGGGAGAAACAAGUUUUAUUCGCGUCGCAGAGACACAAACUCGGGCCAAAAGAAAGAGGAAGAUGGACAUGAAGAAGAGGGUCUCGUUGGAGCUGCGGCACCGGUCGCCCACGGAGGUCCAGGAGCUGGUUCUGGAUAACUGUCGCUCCGGCGAAGGGAAGAUCGAAGGAAUCACAGCAGAGUUCUCGAAUCUGGAGCUGCUCAGCCUCAUCAACGUCGGCCUGACGAGCGUAGCAGACAUCCCCAAACUGGACAAACUCAAAAAGUUGGAGUUGAGUGACAACAGGAUAUCAGGCGGUCUGGAGGUCCUGGCGGAGCGGCUGGUGAACCUAACGCACCUCAACCUCAGUGGGAACAAGUUCAAAGACAUCAGCACCCUGGAGCCGCUGAAAAAGUUGCCCCAGCUGAAGAGUCUCGACCUGUUCAACUGCGAGGUGACCAACCUGGCCGACUACAGGGAGUCCAUCUUCAAGCUCCUCCCCCAGCUCACCUACCUGGACGGCUACGACAUCGACGACUGCGAGGCGUCCGACUCCGACGGAGAGGGAGACGGCGUCGAGGACGAGGACGAAGAAGAGGGCGAGUCAGAGGACUUCGAGGAGGAGGAAGAGGAGGACGAGGAGGACGUAGUGGCUGAAGAGGACGACGACGAUGACGACAGCGCUGACGAUGAGGACGGAGAGGUGAAUGGAGACGUGGACAGUGAGGAUGACGACGAGGAAGAUGAUGAUGAUGAUGACGAGGACUCGUCUCCGGCCAAAGGAGAGAAGAGGAAGAGGGACCCUGAGGACGAGGAUGAUGAAGAUGAUGAAGAUGAUGAUUAAAGAACCACAAAGACUCCCCGCGACCCCCUUUGACCUCCCCCGCCCUCCCCCCUACAUGACCUCGUUCCAUCCCCUCCCCCCACCAACACUCGCCCUCCUCCUCCGCCGCCUGACUCCUCCCCCCACCAACACUCGGUCGACUCCUGGGCUGCGUCCCAUUUCUGAGAACAGGUCUCCUCCCGCCGCGUCCUCGUCAGCUCCUCUCCGUUAAUUUAUACAAUUCUCUCGUUUGUUGAUCCCAAAUAUUCCUCGACAACUUCCCGUCGGUGUCAUUUUUCACUCUCUGGCGUUUGUAGCGGCACAUUUUAGUGAACUCAGGAAAAACUCGAGAGCUUCGAAUCCACAAAACCGAUUAGAACUCCAACUCACGAUCAUUUUCAGUAUCGAUUUAAGCUGCACGUUAUUGUCUCCAUUUGUCGUUUUCGUCUAUAAAAUGCCAGAAAAUUAUGAUUUCUCAGCGGAAAGUGACACGUUAAAAUGUCUAAAGAUGAUCCGUUAACCAUCGUACAUGACAAACAGCAGAAGUCUUCACGUUUUAGAAGCUGGAACCGGAGAAUAUUUGGCAUUUUUGUGUGGAAUUAUAUGAAUGAAAUAUGAAUUUCCCAUAAAUAUUCUGUUAAUUGAUCGUUUGAGCCCGACGUAAAGUUCCUCUGUGGCAUCAACGGGAACUUUUGAUUUAUUUCAGAGAAAGAUGGACCAAAGUUUGAUUUCACAAAAGCCGAUGUAACCGAGUUGGUUGUUGAUUUUGGUGUCAAAUCUGACGUUGUAGGAAAGAGGACUUUGGUGUUAAACACAUUUGCAAACAAGAACCUCAGAUGAGCAAAAAACUUGAUCACAUCAACAGAAGUUUUGUGUCUCGGGGCAUCGAAUCAUCAGCUGGCAUCACAAGAACAGGGUAUUCUGGGAGUUUUUUCGUGACCGCUUGAGCUCCAGAUUCCCGCUCCGUUAACCAGAAGUAAACGCCAGUCAUAAGCUCAAUAACGAAGCAUCACGGAGGCGAGGUUUUGUCCAGUUUGUACGGAAGGCCGAAGAACAUCAGCUUCAGUUUUUCGUUCCGUUUUUGAGAUCAAUCACAAGAAAAUCGCCUCUUUUUUUUUUUUUUUGUUGUAAUAUUUGUCAAAUUCACGUUUUUGAGUAAUAGCGUUGAACGCGUUAAAACAAAGCUUUUUUUUUGGCGUCGUGUCUGUGCGAAGGAGGCUGAACGCGGGCUCGCGGGAGGUGACGUCACUGUUGGAGCACGAAAUCAAACCCAAACCUCACAACUCCUCCUUUUCCCAUCAUUCCUUUGUUCCCCAACGCCCCCCCCCAACUCUCCGUGACAUCACCACUCUGGGACUGAACCAGCAGCUGUGAUGGCAUCACCGCGCUCCCCGACAGGCUCCCCCUCCCCCGCCCACCCCCCCACCCCCCUCCCCGAGGCCGAGCGCGCUCAGGGCAAACUGUGUUUUCUCUUUUUUGCCAACAGAGCUUUUUAAAAGAAAUAUUUUUUCAGAGAAAUUGUUUUUGUUUAAUUUUGUAUGGUUGUCUGGGGACACUCUCUCUCUCCCUCCCCCAUUUCUUCAAGCUCUCUCUCUCUCUCUCUCUGCCUCUUUCUCUUCCUGCUCAGUAGAGAGAUCCAGUUGAUCCUUCACACUUACACUGACUAGUUGAGGUUGUGUUUUCUUUUAUUUUUUUUACUUUCUGUAAGUUAAAGGAAAAACAAACAAAAAAACACACACAAAAAAGGACUUUGUAAAUAAAAUCUUAACAUUUUG